AAGCAGAGUCUCUUUCACUUUUGAAGACCGUGUUUCUUAGCUGAAGAGCCUCGGCCAAGGACAAACACAUCAGUGGGCCUGAAGAGCAGGAGCAGAAAUGUCUGACAGAGACAAGAUGUCACUGGCCUCCCACUUUGAACAACAGAAGAGAGUCUUAAUGCAGUAAGAGCACAAACUUCUCAGAGAAGCAGUAUCUGAGGACCCUAUCACUAUGGGAGAAUCUCAGUCCAAGCAGAAGAGUAACAAAAAGGUGGCUUGGUAUGGAGGUCUACAGGAUGUGGACCUCACUUUCGAAACAAAAGAUCAGAUGGAGAAGGAUCUGUUGAAGCACAGAGCCCAACGGUCUUUCCUAAGACUUUUCAGAUGGCCAAGAAUAUCCGAUGAUGUUUGCCUUAGUCAUCACAUCUAUGGAAAAGGGCAGACCUCUCAUCAUAAGUCACGGAGACACUAUCGUCUGUCAAAGAGGGAACGUGAGGAAUUGGAAUCUGAAAGGUCUGAAUGUAUAAGAAAAGAGGUCAUUCGAGAAAUAUAUGAGAAGCAAGAAAAGUCCAUUAAAGAAAAGUAUUUGUUCCAAAAUGUCACAAAGCUACUACUCCUACAAAAAAUGUGCCCAAGAGGCUCAGAAAACCUGGUCAGGAAAAGUUGGCAUCCAUGUGUACCAGAGGAAGGAGGACAUGUGAUUGAGAUCCAAGACUUAUUUGGCCCAAACAUAGGUACUCAGGAAGAGCCUCAAUUAGUCAUAAUAGAGGGGGCUCCUGGGAUUGGGAAGUCAACACUCGCCAGACAGGUGAGGAGAGCCUGGAAGGAAGGCCAGCUCUACAGGGAUCGCUUCGAGCAUGUCAUCUUCUUCAGCUGCAGAGAGUUGGCCCAGUGCAAGCAGCUGAGUCUGGAUGAGUUCAUAGAACAAGGCCAGGAAGUGCCCACAGCUUCCAUCAGUCAGAUCCUGUCUCACCCUGAGAAGCUGCUCAUCAUCCUGGAUGGCAUAGAUGAGCCAGCAUGGGUCUUGGUGGAACAGAAUCCUGAGCUAUGUCUGCACUGGAGUCCAAAACAGCCUGUGCACACACUGCUGGGCAGUUUGCUGGGGAAAUCCAUCCUUCCUGAGGCUUCCUUCCUGCUCACAGCUCGGACAACAGCUCUACGGAAGCUUAUUCCUUCUUUGGAGCAGUCACUUCAGGUGGAAGUACUAGGGUUCUCUGAGUGUGAACGGAAGGACUAUUUCUACAAAUACUUUGCAGAAGAAGAUGAUGCACUUAUAGCUUUUAGUUUGGUUCAGUCAAACCCAGUGCUCCUGACCCUGUGUGAGGUUCCCUGGGUGUGCUGGUUGGUCUGCACAUGCCUGGAAAAACAGAUGGAUGAGGAUGAUAAUGAAGUCCUCUCACUGACCUCACAGACCACCACAGAUCUUUGCCUGAAAUACAUUUCCUUGAUAAUCCCAGGUCAGCACCUGGGGACCCAGCUCAGAGCCCUUUGCUCACUGGCUGCUGAGGGGAUCUGCCAAAGAAGGACUCUAUUCAGUAAAAGAGACCUACGUAAGCAAAAGUUAGCAAACGUUGCCAUUGACACCUUCGUGGAGAUCGGUGUCCUUCAAAAGCAGCCCAUCUCUCUGAGCUACAGCUUUGCCCACUUGUGUCUCCAGGAGUUCUUUGCAGCCAUGUCCUACAUCUUGGAGGGUAGUAAAGAAAGACAUGGUAAUAUGAAAAUCAACAGAAUUGUGGAAACGCUGGUAGAAGUAUAUGGGAGACAUACCCUGUGUGAGGCACCCACUGUGCACUUUCUAUUUGGUCUUUUGAAUGAACAGGGAAUAAGAGAAAUGGAAACAAUCUUUGCCUGCAAGCUGCCUUGGAAGACAACAUUGAAGCUGCUAUGGAGCAUCAUAGGGGACCCACCCUAUCAACUACACCAUCUGGGUUUGCUCCACUGUCUGUAUGAGAGUCAGGAAGAGCAGCUCCUGACACAGGUGAUGCAUAAUUUUCACUUAACAGUGCCUGGCCCAAACUCCAUGGAAGCCACAGUGUCCCAGUCAAAUAUGAAUCACCUGGUGGUACAGACAGACAUGGAGCUCAUGGUGGUCACUUUCUGCAUUAAGUUCUGCUGUCAUGUGAGGAGUCUUCAGCUGAAUAGGAAAAGGCAGCAGGGACAUGAGUUGACGGCCCACAGGAUGGUUCUGUACAGAUGGACCCCAAUCACAGAUGCCAGUUGGAAGAUUUUCUUCUCCAAUCUUGAAUUCACAAGAAACCUGGAGGAGCUGGACCUAAGUGGAAAUCCAUUGAGCUACUCUGCAGUACGCAGUCUUUGUAUGACUCUGGAAGAGCCUGGCUGCCAACUGAAGACCUUGUGGCUUGUUAACUGUGGCCUCACAUCCAGAUACUGCUCACUCCUGGCCUCAGUGCUCAGUGCCCGCUCCAGCCUGACUGAACUAGACCUGCAGCUGAAUGACCUGGGUGAUGAUGGUGUGAUGGUGUUGUGUGAGCGGCUUAGGAAACAUGCCUGCAACCUCCGCAUCCUUCGGCUGGAUCAGGCCUCUCUCAGUGACCAGGUGAUUACAGAGCUCAGGGCCCUGGAGGCAAAGAAUCCACUGAUGUCCAUCACCAGCACAUGGAUACCACACAUGAUGGGCCCCACUGAGAACACGGAUGGAGAAGAUAGCCUGGCCUCAUUCAAGCAGCAGCAGCAACACUCGGAAGACAAACACGUGGAACCUCUGGGGACUGAUGAUGACUUCUGGGGCCCUACAGGACCUGUGGCUACUGCGGCUGUUGACAGAAAGAGGAACGUGUACCGAGUGCAAUUACCCGUGGCUGGUUCCUAUCACUGUCCCAGCACUGGACUUCACUUUGUGGUGACAAAGGCAGUGACAAUUGAAAUUGAAUUCUGUGCCUGGAGCCAAUACCUGGACAAGACUCCCUUGCAACACAGUCACAUGUUGGCUGGACCUCUGUUUGACAUCAAGGCUGAGCAAGGAGCUGUGACUGCAGUCUACCUCCCUCAUUUUGUGUCACUCAAAGGCAACCAAGAGGAAACAGUGGACAUCUCCUUGUUCCGUGUUGCCCACUUUCAAGAACAUGGGAUGGUCCUAGAAACGCCAGCCAGGGUGGAACAGCAUUAUGCAGUACUGGAAAACCCAAGCUUCUCCCCAAUGGGAAUUCUUCUGAGACUGAUUCCUGCUGUCGGACACUUCAUCCCCAUCACCUCCAUCACGCUGAUCUACUAUCACCUCUAUCUCGAGGACGUCACCUUUCACCUUUACCUGGUCCCCAAUGACUGCACUAUUCGGAAGGCUAUUGAUGAUGAAGAAAUGAAGUUUCAGUUUGUGCGCAUAAACAAGCCACCCCCAGUAGAUGCUCUUUAUGUUGGUUCCCGCUAUAUUGUGUCUGGCUCCAAAAAGCUGGAAAUUAUCCCAAAGGAACUGGAGCUGUGCUACCGAAGCCCCGGGGAGUCCCAGCUCUUCUCUGAGAUCUAUGUUGAACAAAUGGAGUCAGAGAUUAAGCUGCAAAUCAGAGACAAGAGGCACAUGAAUCUCAUAUGGGAGGCCUUGCUGAAACCAGGGGACCUCAGACUUGCUCUGCCCAGGAUUCCUUCAGUCCCCAAAGAUGCUCCUUCCUUGCUACACUUCAUGGACCAGCAUCGGGAGCAGCUGGUGGCCCGAGUGACAUCAGUGGACCCUCUCUUGGACAAGCUGCAUGGUCUGGUGCUAAGUGAAGAUUCCUAUGAGGCAGUGCGGGCUGAGACCACAAACCAAGACAAGAUGAGGAAGCUCUUCAGCCUCAGCCGGUCCUGGAGUCAAGCCUGCAAAGACCAAUUCUACCAAGCUCUGAAGGAGACCCAUCCUCACCUCGUCAUGGACCUCUUUGAAAAGUCAGGCGGGGUCUCUUUGGGAUCCUGAUAUCACUGAGCACUCUCCCUAGACUCCUGAUCUACCUUAACUUCCUUUGGUCCUUAGUUUCUCCAUCUGUAAGCAGUGGGCAUGUAAGUUUCCUUUCUGAUGGCACUAUUUCCAGGACACCUCUUGGGGAUCCAGUUGUUCUCCAAGCCAGAUUCCUAGCCAGAUGGUCAUGUGAGCUGAGCAUCUCAGAAAAAAACAAAAAACAAAAAACAAAAA